CGGGGGCGGGCUGGUGGGGGGCGACAGCCCCGCCGGCCCGCCGCCCUGGACCGAGACCACCUGGAUCUACCACGACGGCGAGGACACCAAGAUGAUCGUGGGGGAGGAGAAGAAGUUCCUGCUGCCCUUCUGGCUGCAGGUCAUCUUCAUCUCCCUGCUCCUCGGCCUCUCGGGCAUGUUCAGCGGCCUCAACCUGGGCCUCAUGGCCCUGGACCCCAUGGAGCUGCGCAUCGUGCAGAACUGCGGCACCGACAAGGAGAAGAACUACGCCAAGCGCAUCGAGCCCGUGCGCCGCCAGGGCAACUACCUGCUCUGUUCCUUGCUGCUGGGCAACGUGCUGGUCAACACCACGCUCACCAUCCUGCUGGACGACAUUGCUGGCUCCGGGCUGGUGGCCGUGGUGGUCUCUACCAUUGGCAUCGUCAUCUUCGGUGAGAUCGUGCCGCAAGCCAUCUGCUCCCGUCACGGCUUGGCCGUGGGUGCCAACACCAUCUUCCUCACCAAGUUCUUCAUGAUGAUGACCUUCCCGGCCUCUUACCCAGUCAGCAAGCUGCUGGACUGUGUGCUGGGCCAGGAGAUCGGCACAGUCUACAAUCGUGAGAAGCUUCUCGAGAUGCUGCGGGUCACCGACCCUUACAAUGACCUGGUCAAGGAGGAGCUCAACAUCAUCCAAGGGGCUCUGGAGUUGCGCACCAAGACGGUGGAAGAUGUGAUGACUCCACUCCGAGACUGCUUCAUGAUCGCUGCUGAGGCUGUGCUGGACUUCAACACCAUGUCUGAGAUCAUGGAGAGUGGCUAUACCCGCAUCCCUGUCUUUGAGGGUGACCGCUCCAACAUUGUGGACCUGCUCUUUGUUAAGGACCUGGCUUUUGUGGACCCUGAUGACUGCACCCCACUCAAGACUAUCACUCGUUUCUACAACCACCCUCUGCACUUCGUCUUCAAUGACACCAAGCUUGAUGCCAUGCUGGAGGAGUUCAAGAAAGGCAAAUCUCAUCUGGCAAUAGUACAGCGAGUCAACAAUGAAGGGGAAGGGGACCCUUUUUAUGAAGUCCUGGGGAUUGUCACAUUAGAAGACGUGAUUGAAGAAAUCAUCAAAUCCGAGAUUCUAGAUGAAACUGAUUUGUACACUGAUAACAAGACGAAGAAGAAAGUAGCCCAUCGGGACAGGAAGCAGGACUUCUCUGCCUUCAAGCAGACAGACAGCGAGAUGAAGGUUAAAAUAUCACCACAGCUCCUCCUGGCAAUGCACCGUUUCCUGGCAACAGAAGUAGAAGCAUUUGGUCCCUCCCAGAUGUCAGAGAAGAUCCUCUUAAGGCUGCUAAAACAUCCCAAUGUCAUCCAGGAGCUGAAAUACGAUGAGAAGAACAAGAAAGCCCCAGAAUACUACCUCUACCAGAGAAACAAGCCUGUUGACUACUUUGUUCUCAUUUUACAGGGGAAAGUGGAAGUGGAGGCUGGGAAAGAGGGAAUGAAGUUUGAAGCUGGUGCUUUUUCCUACUAUGGGGUGAUGGCCCUCACAGCAUCGCCAGUUCCCUUGUCCCUGUCUCGUACGUUUGUUGUCAGCAGAACAGAAUUAUUAGCAGCAGGUUCUCCAGGUGAAAACAAGUCACCCCCCCGUCCCUGUGGCUUGAAUCAUUCAGACUCUCUGAAUCGAGGUGAUCGUAUCGAAGCAGUGACACCAACAUUGGGGAGCAGCAACAACCAGCUGAAUGCAUCUUUCCUUCAGGUGUACGUCCCAGACUACUCAGUGAAAGCACUCUCAGAUAUUCAAUUUGUCAAGAUCUCAAGACAACAGUACCAAAAUGCCCUGAUGGCAUCCCGGAUGGACAAGACACCACAGUCCUCGGACAGUGAAAACACUAAAAUCGAACUGACUCUUACGGAACUGCAUGACGGUUUGCCGGAUGAGACGGCGAACCUGCUGAAUGAACAGAACUGCGUGACACACAACAAGUCCAAUCACAGUAUGCUCAGUGAAGGCUCCAUCUAGGAGCUAACAAUCUGCAUCCCUUUUCUUCCCAUCACUUAGGCCCAGUCUUUGCUCUUCUUGACUGCAAACGCUCUUAGUAUGUGCUUGCAAUGCCGUGCUGCAUCCAGUGUUCUGAGACCAAAGACUUAGCGCCCUUCUUGGGAGCAAAAGAGGAAGAAAUUGGAAGAAAUGAGAACACAGAAAGCAAAAAACCAAACAAACCGUGGGCUUGGUGAGUGCCCCUGGGAGAACGAUGGAAUUCUUCCUCGCAAAGUAGAAUCGUGUUUAUUUUUUCAGCCGUAUCUUUGAUCUUCAUUGGUUUUCCCUCCUUCCUAGACGUGCGCAGAGAAGUUUUUCAAACUGCUCUGAUUAUUUUUUCAAGAUCAUGUUUUUAAAAAGAAUUUUGCAGAGUUUUAAAUUGUUGCUGUCUCUUCCCUCCCCCAAAUAGGCUCUGUUGUGACUUUGUGAAUCAGCUCCAGUGUCAUAGACCUGUUUCCAUCCCUCCUUUUGGUCCUGUCCGUUGCCCUAUUGUUAAAACAGCAACUGGUACCCAUAUGUAUUUGUGUCCUGAGAACAAAGAAUGGAUGAGCCGUUAAGGAACUUGUAGCUUAGCGGGAUGGAAGUUUGGGGGAAUGGGCAUUAUUUUCUCCCCAAAUGACCUUCAGGGAAGGGGUGGUUGUUUUGGCUGCAUGCGUUCAUAAUAACUGAUAUUUCAGAUGGUUCCUUGUAAAACAAACAAAAAAAUUGUUACAUUUACAGUUUUUAACCUCCACAGAUGUUGUGUGUUUUGAAUACGAAGAUGGGUUUUUAAUUGACAAAACUGCAGUCUCAUCAAAUUACACACCGGGAUAAAUUUCUCUAAUUGUAUACUGGGCAAUCUUUGUUCCCCUGGGAUUUGCAUUAAUGUUACUGGGAAUCACAUGGUCAAGUUCCCUGCCUUCCCUGCUGUACUGAAAAUGUGAAGCCCAAAAUGUCAAACCUCAGAUGCUAACAUACUGUAACCAAAGCAUAUUCGCAGUGCAUGUUAAAUAAUAACUGGGAGAGAAUUUAGGACAAACCAUUGUCCCAAAAUUGUUGUUCGUGGUAAGAUAAAAGAUGCUGCUACAGCAAUGCCCAAAGCAAAUCCUCCAGAAGGAUCUGAAACUUUUGCCAUUGCAAGAUGGAUUUCCUGGUGGAGUCAGGACCUUGCUGGUCUCCUCAAAGACUGACGAAGAACUUCCACUACGAGGUAGAUCCGUGUUUUGUGCAGGGAGUUUGAGGGAGCGUAUUGCACUUCAGGGAUUGGAGAAGUUAGUCUCCAGGCAAUUCUCCACUUUUCUAGGAGCUGCUGUAUUUCCUUCCCUUUUGUCCACUGUUCCUCCAUCUGUCCAUGGUAGCGUCCUCCAGGACUGCACUCCACCUGUCCAUCACAGACAUCCCGGAGCGUGGCCUCAGCAUGGAGGGAAAAUGCCGUCACUGGGACUUCACCGUGUUGUAUAUUGUAACCCCCAAAAUGCAGCAUCUGUGGCGUACUUUACCCUAGAGCUGGAUCUUUGAAGAACCAAGGCUCCCCCACCCAAACAAACCUCUCCCCCUCUUUAGCGGUGUCUUAAAGAACACGUGACAGCAGUAUUAAUAUCUGAACAAAUGCUGCCUAGUGGCUUCUCUGUUGAAUUUCAGUCUGUGCUGCUCAAAGAGCACCCGGGCGUGAUUGUUACGUAACCAUUUUCUUUCCUUUACUCUCCGAUAAGCUCUGUCUGGCUGAGUUUAAAAGCAAAGCCCCCUUCCAGAAUCUGUGGUGUCAGCGCUGCCUCCCUCUUCCCUUAGCCGAGGGCGGAAGCACCUUCUCUGUGGUUGAGACAAGUGUUAGUCGCUUAAACACAUUCUGAGCAGGUGCAGUGUUUCACGGCAGCAGCUCCUUGCGGGAAGCCAGGGUGUCCGGGGUUUGUCCCAUUUUCCUCAGGCCUUGGGAAGCAUCCUCUGAGAAGGGCCUUCUGUGCCCCUCCAGGAGAGAUGGGCCGAGGAAAGGCAGUCCCUGGCCCUCCCCCAGAAGGCACAAGUUCCCUUCUGGAGAGCAUGGCAGUUCCAUGCCUGGUAUUAGCAUGUGGGACCAUGAGACUGGGAAAUUCAGCCUUGAAACUCCUGCACUUUUUAGCCUUGUAUUUUUAAAAAAUGCUGCUGCUUCUUCCUUUUAAAUGUUGUGCCUGUUGCCUCUGUCGGCAUUUUCUGUCCCACCUGUCGGCCACUCGUGCCUUGGACAGAGCUGGCAGCACAGGUUCUGUCCAGCGCCUGCUCCACUGGCCCCAGGAGUCUCCCUGUAGCUGGCUCCAGGAGGGCUGCUGACAUUGCACCUUUUCUGCCGGAGCGGAGGGAGGAAACGUUACGACGCCAGCCCCUGGAGAGGAGGGAGCUGUUUCCUUGCUCCGGCCCUUUUAUUGAAACUGCCAUUGCACCUGACGUUACCGACUGCCCCAUUGCUGAAAGCGCUGCAUUCCGUGGUACCCCGGGGCUGCAGUGUGCUUCCUGUCAGACCCGCUGAGGGAGGGCAGGAAUCGCACUGAGGGGUCUCUGUAGGGUGGUGAUGGGAUUUCUGGCUUUCAUGCUCUUUUGUGGCGUUUUUGAAAAGCUUUGUUCCCCUCUAACACAAACCGCAGAAGCCACGUUCUCCCGAAGGCGAGUAACUCCUGUCUGUCUGCGGGCGGAUUCCCGUCUCUCCAAGCUGUCCUUACGUCAUUUCCCAUCAGCCUUCCCAGUGUGGUGAGAGAAGGUGAAGUCACUUUCAUAAAGCUAGUUGGUCACAGUGUGACUUUGGCAAAUGGGCAGCCUUGGGGGGCGGGGACAGGAGCGCCCCUGAAUUGGCUUCAGGAACAAGGCCUCCUGCCCGUCCCUGUGGAAAACCCUCUCUGCUCUAGGAGAUGGGCUUUUACUGCUGCAGUGUGAAGGGGGCACAGCUGAGAUGGGCAUCCCAUGUGGCAGGCCCCUUGGCAAGCAGAGGGAAGACGCACCCCACUCAAGAUCUAGUUACAAGUCUUGGACCCAUAUUUGCAGUGGGAUCGACAGGCUUCAAGAGCUGCUCCUGUGCCAUUAGCUUCCCCCAGGGCAGAGGGAGAGCCGUGGGAGUCUCUGCUUGGCUCUCCAAAUUCAGGGGUGCUCAAAGCUACAACCCAGGACAGAGCUGUCCAUCAGUCACUGUCCUAAAUCAAGGCACCAUUGAACUUGACUUCGCUGGACUUCGGGAGCCAUUGGACUUGACUUCAGUCCUUGAUCCUUUGCAAGGCUUUGAUUGUAGAAAGGAUCCAGCAUCUUUCAGCCUUGACUCCUGUGGCCUGGCUUGUUUCCUCCUUCCACCAGCGUCAAAGCGCAGCCCGAGGGGCAGAAUUCAGCCAGUUUGUUGGUGGACUGGGGGAGGCAGGAGGGCAUGUCCCCUCGGUUGCUGGUGUUGACACCAUUUUUGCACAAGAGGUCUCUGAAAGGAGGCUUCCACACUAAUGCCGUAAAUGCACAUCUGUGAAUUAACUUUGACAUUCCUGUUGGACUGAAAGGAACCUGACUCUGAUGUAAUCAUGACUUUACAUUCUGUGUGUUGCCAAAUCUCUGUCAAGAGCUAAGGGAUGUUCUUGCUUUCGCGUGAGAAUCUCUCUCCAAACAAGACGGACUCUGGGGCUGUGGAGAUCGGGUGCAGCACGUGAACUCUGAGUGGGAGGUGGACUGAGCGAAUCACUGCUCCCGUCUGCAGACCCUGCUCACGGGAGAGUUUGCAGGGCCCGCGUCAUUUUCCUUGCCACUUGUCUGCAGCCCAACAUCCCUGCAUGGCGAGAAGCCUUUCCCCAAGGACUGCUUAGGGCUGUGUGGGGCCCAGUAUUGUUUCCGUAUAUGUAGCAAUCCAAGUGUAACCUGGCUCCAGAUUCCCCCCCCCUACACACACACACACACACACACACCUCCUCCAGACUCCUCUUCCUAGGACUAUCCCCUUGGCAUUCACCUUUCCUGGGGAGAAGGCAUGGUGGGAAGGGAAAAGGUGAAUGGCUCCCAGGAGAACCCACAAAGAUCUCCCCAUUGCUGCUCCGAACCCCUCGGGGGCCAAGUGCUUGAGCAGGCGGGGGUUCGGCCUUGGCGCGGGUGUUGCAGGGAGCUGUGCUCUGUUUGAAAACAGCUCAAAGGAAAGUGGAGCAGUGCCCUUUGGUUGCAAUAGUGCUUCACUUGAUCUCAGCCACCAG